AUGGCGAUCCAGCUGCUGCUGGACCUAUGCAUUCACAGCCUGACAAAGAACCUUUCAAGAUACACUGCCGAUAUUAAAUCAUUGCCUCCCAACAUAAAGGAUAAACUGAUUAAAUUAAUAAGUCUACAAGGGCAAAUAACCGAUUCAAAUAUUGGUGAGGUAUUGCAUCCUGCUGUAGAGUCUCUAGACCUCCGUGAAUGUGAUAUUUCAGAUAAUGCACUGUUACAACUUUAUAAUUGCAAACAUUUGAAAGAAAUCAACUUAAAUUCUCGCAAAGAAAACAGAUUGGGAAUCACUUCAGAAGGUGUCAUAGCUCUGGCUCUGUCCUGUCCUUACUUGCGGGAAGCGUCUUUCAAAAGGUGCUGCAAUAUAACUGACAGUGGAGUUCGUGCUCUUGCACUCAACUGCCACUAUCUGCAAAUAGUGAACCUGGGCAACUGCUCUGGCAUCACCGAUGCCUCCUUGCAGGCACUGGGAGAGAACUGCAAGUUUCUUCAGAGUGUGAGCUUCUCCUCUACUCAGGUAACAGACGAUGGUGUUAUAGCACUAGUGAGUGGAACAUGUUCAAAGAAUUUAAAGGAGAUCCACAUGGAACAGUGUGUGAACCUGACUGAUGUCGCAGUGGAAGCAGUCCUAACCUGUUGCCCAGAGAUAUACAUUUUUCUGUUCCAUGGAUGCCCGUUGAUAACAGAUCGUUCCCGAGAUAUUCUAGAGCAGCUGCUCGUAUCAAACAAAAUCAAGCAAGUGACAUGGACUGUUUACUGAUUCCUUUUUAUGUGCACAUAUGAGUGUGAGGUUUACAGAGCAGAGGGUCUCUUCA